GAAAUCCUGCCUGCUUCUGCUGACCCUCCACAUCACGAUGGAGGGGAUGGCUCUCUACCUGGUAGCUGCUCUCCUGGUCUGUUUUCCAGCUCCAUCUCACAGCCAGCUCUACUCCCUCAUCACCCCCAGUGUCUUAUGGCUAGAAAGCGAAGAGCAGGUUGUGGUGGAGGCUCAUGGACUCAACGUUGCGACAGAGGUCACAGUCACUGUCCAUGAUUUCCCACAGAAGAGGAACAACUUGUACCAGAUCAAAGCUUCCCUGACGGCAGAAAAUGGCAUGAUAGCAACUCCAUCCAUAAAGGUUCCCGCAAAAGAUCUCAAGAAGGAUCCCAAGAAAAACACAUAUGUUGUUGUCAAGGCCAGCUGUGCUCAAUUCAGUCUGGAGAAGGUGGUUCUCAUCUCCUACCAGAGUGGAUAUAUUUUCACCCAGACAGAUAAAACUAUCUAUACUCCUGGAUCACCAGUGAGGUACCACUUGUGGUCUUUGGAUUACAACCAUUUCAGACACUUUAAAAUACUUUGUUUUCCCCUCCAGACACCUGAAGGCAUUAUUGUCGGCCAGAAUAUAAUCAACCCUGCAUCAACAGUCACCCAGAUUUACAAUUUACCGGAACGUGUCAGUUUGGGGACCUGGAAAGCUGUGGCCAAGUAUCAAGACUCCCCAGAUGAGACCUUCAGCACACCGUUCGAAGUCAAGGAAUAUGUGUUGCCAAGCUUUGAAAUUGUUCUGGAACCAGCAGAGAAUUUUUACUAUGUUGACAGCAACAGAGAUUUCCGAGUGUCUAUCAGUGCAACAUUCCUCUAUGGGAAAAAAGUAGAAGGCGUAGCCUUUGUCCUUUUUGGAGUGAAAAUAGAUAAUGACAAGAAGAGCAUUCCAGAAUCACUCAGGAGAAUUCCGAUUGUUGAAGGGGAAGGGGAAGCGGUGCUUACAAGAGCUAUGCUUCAAUCCAGAUUUCGCAACCCCAACGAGCUCAUUGGGCACUCCCUUUAUGUCUCUGUAACAGUGAUGACGGAUUCAGGCAGCGACAUGGUGGUGGCAGAGAAAAGUGGCAUCAGCAUUGUGACAUCUCCCUAUCAGAUCCACUUCACCAAAACCCCCAAGUACUUCAAGCCAGCGAUGCCCUAUGAACUGAUGGUGUAUGUCACCAAUCCUGAUGGCUCCCCAGCCGCACGUGUCCCUGUGGUGUCAGAGCCCAUUGAGGCAGAUGCGAUAACACAGAAUGAUGGGACUGCCAAGCUGAUCCUGAACACACCAGGAAAUGCGCAAGAGCUAAGGAUCACUGUAAAAACUAAUCAUGAGGGACUUCCAAGAGAACGCCAGGCAACCAAGAGCAUGGUGGCUAGAGCUUACCAAACCCAGGGAGGAUCUGGAAACUACCUGCAUUUAGCAGUCUCAGCUACUGAGCUCAAGGCUGGGGACAACUUACCUAUCAAUUUCAAUUUGAGAAGCAACAACCAACAAGUGGUGAAUGGAGUCACAUAUUUCACCUACAUGAUCUUAACUAAAGGGAAGAUACUGAGGGUUGGGAGGCAGCCGAGGCGAGCCGGACAGAAUCUGGUCACCAUGUCUCUGCGCAUCACCCCAGAUCUCAUCCCUUCCUUCCGUGUUUUGGCUUAUUACCCAGUGGGGAACAAUGAGAUUGUGGCCGACUCUGUCUGGGUGGACGUGAAGGACACCUGUAUGGGAACGCUGGUUGUGAAAGGAGCAACUGAGGCUGACAAUCGAAUACAACAGCCAGGAGCUCAAAUGAAAAUCAAGGUGGAAGGAGAUCCGAAUGCUCGGGUCGGUCUUGUGGCUGUGGACAAAGGGGUUUACGUCCUAAACAAAAAGUACAAGCUUACCCAAAGUAAGAUCUGGGACACGGUAGAAAAGAGCGAUAUUGGCUGUACAGCUGGCAGUGGCAUGAACAAUCUGGGUGUGUUUGAAGAUGCUGGCCUUACCCUGGAGACCAGUAAUAAGCUCUCCACAAAACAAAGAUCAGAUGCCAAAUGCCCCCAAGCUGCGAGGCGGAGACGGCGCCGCUCUGUCCAACUCAUUGAGUCGAAGGCAAGCAAAGCGGCUCAGUAUCAGGAUCAGAGGCUAAGAAAGUGCUGUGAAGAUGGCAUGCAUGAGAAUCCCAUGGGGUACACCUGUGAAAAGCGUGCAGAAUACAUUGAUGAUCAAAAUGAAUGCCGGGCUGCCUUCCUUGAAUGUUGCCGCUACAUCAAAAGCAUACGAGAUGCGAGUCAACGGGAGGAUGAACUUAUCUUGGCCAGAAGUGCCUUUGAUGAUGAAUUCUUAUCCGAUGAAGACAUUGUCUCCAGGACUGAGUUUCCAGAGAGCUGGCUGUGGGAAACAAAAGUGCUGACUGAAGCGCCUAAUAAUCAAGGGAUCUCAUCCAAGAUCGUGUCUUUUUACUUGAAAGAUUCCAUCACAACCUGGGAGGUGCUGGCUGUGAGCAUUUCUGAAAAAAAAGGUAUCUGUGUGGCUGACCCUUAUGAAAUAACGGUAAUGAAGGACUUCUUUAUUGAUCUGAGGGUGCCUUAUUCGGUGGUGAGGAAUGAGCAGGUGGAGAUUCGGGCUGUUCUCUACAACUAUGGGAAUCAGGAUAUCAAGGUGCGGGUGGAGCUGAUGCACAACCCCGCCUUCUGCAGCGCUUCCACUGCCAAGCAACGCUACCGACAGGAGUUUAGAAUUCAAAAGCAGUCAUCCUGGGCAAUGCCAAUAGUGAUUGUCCCACUGGAAGUGGGGAUCCAUGACAUUGAGGUCAAAGCAGCUGUCUGGGGUGUGAUGGUGUCUGAUGGUGUGAAGAAGAAGCUGAAAGUCGUGCCUGAAGGAAUGCAAAGGAAGCUUGUGACUGUUGUUGACCUGGAUCCAGCAACACACGGAAAACGCGGUGUCCAGAAAGAGGAAGUUAAAGCCGAGGAUUUAGGUGAUAUUGUUCCUGGCACAGAACCUGAGACCAAAAUUAGUGUCCAAGGUGACCCCGUGGCUCAGAUUGUUGAAGACUCAAUUGAUGGAACCAACCUGAAACAUCUCAUCAUAACCCCUUCUGGCUGUGGGGAGCAGAACAUGAUCACCAUGACACCAGCCGUUAUCGCCACCUACUACCUUGACACCACAGGCCAGUGGGAGAAGAUUGGGGUGGAUCGUAGAGUCGCUGCAAUCAACCAGAUCUUGAAAGGUUAUGCCCAGCAGUUGACAUAUAAGAAACCAGAUCAUUCAUAUGCUGCAUGGAUAGAUCGCAAGUCUAGUACUUGGCUGACAGCAUAUGUUGUAAAGGUCUUUGCCAUGGCUUCCAAGUUUGUAAAUACUAUUAGCACCGAAGUCCUCUGUGGAGGAGUGAAGUGGCUGAUUCUGGAGAGGCAAAAACCAGAUGGGAUUUUCCAAGAAGAUGCCCCUGUGAUCCACGGAGAGAUGGUGGGAGGCUAUGAGGGCGCUGAACCAGAGGUGUCAUUAACAGCUUUUGUCAUGAUUGCUCUGCUGGAGUCCAAAGAGAUCUGCAAAAAUCACAUCAACAGUCUGGACAACAGCAUCAACAAAGCUGCUACAUAUUUAGCUAAAAAAUAUGAUACCUUGCAAAGACCUUACACUACAGCUCUCACAGCCUAUGCUUUGGCCCUAGAAGGGCGGCUGAAGGAUGACCAGGUUCUCAUGGCGGCAUCAACAGGUGGGAAUCGUUGGGAAGAAUAUAAUGCACGUACCUACAACAUUGAAGGUACCUCCUAUGGCUUGCUGGCUUUGUUGAAAAUGAAGAAAUUCGAGGCUACUGGUCCCAUAGUCAAAUGGCUGGUAGCGCAGAAGUAUUAUGGGGGAACAUAUGGCCAAACUCAGGCAACCAUCAUGGUAUUCCAAGCACUUGCUCAGUAUGAAAUCGACAUUCCUACUCAUAAGGACCUGAACUUGGAUGUUUCUAUCCAGUUGCCAGAGCGUGAGGAACCAAUUCGUUACAGGAUUAACUACGAUUCUGCUCUCCUGGCCCGAACAGCAGAGACUAAGCUCAAUCAAGGUUUCACCGUGCAAGCAACAGGACAGGGAAAAGCAACAAUGACUGUUGUGACAGUGUACAAUGCAAAAGUACAAGAAAAUGCCCAGCAAUGCAAGAAAUUCAAUCUUGACGUCCGUGUUGAAACUCUUCAGUUGAGUGAGAAGCAGCUCAAGGGGAGCUUAGGGGCUAUCAGAAUCAAAAUCUGCACCAGGUAUCUUGGUGAGGUUGAUGCCACGAUGACAAUCAUUGAUGUUUCUAUGCUUACUGGUUUUUCCCCUGAUAUGGAUGACCUUAAGAGGCUUUCUGAGGGAGUUGACAGAUACAUCUCCAAGUUUGAAGUUGACAAAGUUAUGACUGAAAGAGGGAACCUCAUCAUUUACUUGGACAAGGUCUCCCACAUGGAAGAUGAAUGCAUACAGUUUAAAGCUUUCAAGUAUUAUGAAGUUGGUCUCGUACAGCCAGGAUCAGUCAAGGUGUACAGCUAUUAUAAUCUAGAUGAGCAGUGCACCAAAUUCUACCAUCUAGCCAAAGGAAGUGCCAUGCUCAGUAAGAUAUGCCAUGGGGAUGUUUGCCGGUGUGCAGAAGAAAGUUGCUCCUUGCUUAACAAAAUGAAGGAAGAGAUUGAUCUGCAGCUACGAGUUAAAUUAGCCUGCGAGCAAGGAGUAGAUUAUGUGUACAAAACCAAGCUGAUUCGAAUCGAAGAGGACAAUGGUUAUGACAACUACUUCAUGGAAGUUGUGGAAGUUAUUAAAGCAGGGAGUGACCCAAAUCCAGCAGCCAGUCCUCGCAAGUUUAUCAGUCAGAUGAAAUGCAGAGAAUCCCUCCACCUGCAGGAGAACAAGGACUAUCUGAUCUGGGGUCUCAGCACUGAUAUGUGGCCAACAAAGGAUACUGUCAACUACUUGAUCAGCAAGGAUACCUGGAUUGAGAGAUGGCCAGAUGAUGAUGAAUGCCAAGAGGAAGAAUUCCAGAACCUGUGUGAGGACCUCCUCCAGUUUUCCAGAACACUGACCAUUUUGGGCUGCCAGAGCUAAUGGUGAAAGCAUCAUCUGCAAUGAGUUACUCACAUCAUGUGAGCUUUUGAUCCAUCGCUUGGAAGUUAUCCUUUUUCCUGAAGCUCUAGCUUUCUGUAUCUUUUGAUAAUCUGUUUUGUUCUCCAAAUGGUUUAUAAUAAAGAGCUGAUUUCUUA